GGAUCAAUGGAUCAAUUCCCCACUGGAGGAGUGGGCCUUGGGAUAAAUCAAAGUUCGUUGGAAUUUCAGAUAUGGAUGAUCGAUAUGGAAGUGGAUUUAGUCUGAAAGAAGAUAAUAUACUCGGAUCAAAGUAUUUCUCUUAUUCUCUUUCUCAGGGUAUACUUGCAUAUUGGGAUAAUAUACGGUGAUUGUUAAUGAUAAGUGCUUGCAAACUGUUGCAUCAAAGAAAAAACACAACCACCUAAAUGACUUGCGUUUCUCUCUCUUUUUUGCUCUGAAUAUUUGAUUGUAGUCUAUAGGCUUAAUUAGUGUGAAUCAGUUUAUGCCAGUUGACUACCUAUAUAUUCUGUACACCCAAGAAAAAAAAAUUCUGAAAUUCUCAACUUUUAUAUGUCAACAAGACUGUGUUCAUAUUGGUGCACUGACUGAGAAUAUGAGAAAUUAUGAAGAAGAAAAGCCAUCCAUGUAAUCUUCCUCAAGCUUGCGCUAGAGGUGAGGACAUGUCUCUUCUGCUUCUGUUCCAGGGAUGAAAUGCAGCUUGGUGAGUUCCUCAAAUGGUGCAUUAUUAUCUUUGUUCUCGGAAUUUUGAGUCUCCACCAUUCCUUUCUGGUAUGUUGGAUUCUUGUUCACUACUAUAGUUCUAAUGAAUUGAUUCUGGGUAAGUUUGGCAUUGCAAUUUUAUUUGAUUGUUGCCCAUUGGACCCUUUUUGGGAUCCUUAGAUCUUUACAAGCAUCAGAACAUUGGAAACUAUCAAUUUCUGCUUCUAUAUGGUUUGGGCUCUUGAAGAGCUAUUUGUCAUGAUGAUUGUUUUGAUAGAUUCGUGUACAGAUUGAUUGGUUUUAGGUGAGGGACUGAGGGAGAAGAUUUAUGGGUUAUAUUUACUGUGUUUGUUUGACUUUUUCUGAAUUUCUUCGUGCUGAAUUUACCUAUCAGAUGUCUAUCCAAAAGAUUUACCUAUCAGAUGAUUCAAUUGAGGUUCCAGUUCUUGGAAUCAUAGUUUUGGAUUCUUUUCUUUGCAUGUAAUCUGGGUCUCUCUCAAGAUGAGAGUAUCAUACGGUCUUUGCUUCCUUCACUUAAACUUCAAUUCUUUUUCUCAAUAUUAAUCAUGCCCUUAGUUGAAAAUCUGAAAGCGACCACAGAAGAUAGUGAAAUGUGGACUGUGUCAAUGAUCUGUGCUGUAACAGCUCAAGGUUUUCACAGGCUUACUUGUGUGCGUUGGAGCCUGACACUCUUCGUGUUUGUUAUUUCAUCCCAAUUAGUAUGUGCCAUUCAUAUAUUUGUUGGCGUCUAGAUUAAUAGGUGGAUGGGAAUUGAACUGUUGAUACAUGUAUAUUAAGUACCCAAUUGAAUUGGUUAUAUGGAACUAUGUUUACUGAGUCAAAUGACCUCCACAAGUCAGUCUUGCUACACAAGGAACCUAAGAGUUGUUUAUUUUUGCUGAGACAGGUAUCCAGGGUUAUUUAAAGUUUUCUGGUCAUGACUUUCAAAGGUUUGACAGAACUUUCUACUAUAUAGUAAAAAAUGAUAAUUUCAUUUGGUUACAUUGACAGUUCAGUAAUAUAUGCUUUAUUGGUUGACAAUGACAAUUAAGCAUCCCGUGUCUGGUAAGAAAUUAACACCCUUGAUACAUGAAUAUCUAUCAUCUUCAGUUAAUAAAGUUCUGCUUCUGAAUUUCAUCAAAAACCAGUUCAUACUCUUCAUUAUUUUGAUGGUCUCACUAUUGCGAUGCCAAUAGGUGUUGGAACCAAUAGUGUUAGUGUUUUAAAUUCCUCCAUGUUCUUCCUAUUCAUCUUCAGCUUGCUUCCCUCACAACAUUGGUCUGAAGUUUAUGAUCUAACUCCUUCACAAUCAUUAGCACAGGAACAAACUCUAGUCUCUCCUGGUCAAAUUUUCGAAUUGGGAUUUUUUAGUCCUAAUAAUUCUGCUAAUAAGUAUGUGGGGUUGUGGCACAAAAGUAUAUUUCCUCGUAAAAUUGUGUGGGUGGCGAACAGAGAAAAUCCCCUUGCAGUUACAGACAGCUUGGCUACUUUGAGGAUUGGCAGCAAUGGAAAUCUGGAGCUUGUAGAUGGGAAUCAGAGUUCUGUCUGGUCAACCAAUGUUUCGAUGUCAACUAAUGGUUCAGCUGCAGUUCUUUUAGACAAUGGAACCUUUGUUCUCAAAGAUGAUAUGGGAGCUGAUUUGUGGCAGAGUUUUGAUUAUCCUAGUGACUCACUUCUGCCAAGCAUGUUGCUGGGAUUUGAUAGUAAUACUGGAAAAUGGAAUUUGUUGACAUCAUGGAAAGGUGAAAAUGAUCCAUCAACUGGGAUAUUCUCGGUUGGAUUGUCAGCACAGAUGCCAACACAAGUGUUCAUUUGGAAAAAUGGAUCAACUCCCCACUGGAGAACUGGUCCAUGGGAUAAAUCAAAGUUCAUUGGUGUACCUAAUAUGGAUUCUCAAUAUCUAAGUGGAUUUACUCUAGAUGAUAAUGUGAAACAGGGAACAAGGUACUUCUCCUACAGUUUAUUUGACAAAACUCUUGCAUAUAUGGACAUAUCUUCUGAUGGAAUCUUAACGGUUAUGCUUUCGGAAAAUGGCGAGAAAUGGAGUAUUAACUAUGCUGCACCGACUAAUACAUGUGAAAGUUAUGGAGCAUGUGGACCUUUUGGGUUUUGCAAAGCUUCUGACCCUACAGUCUGCAAGUGUUUGAAAGGGUUUACACCCAAGUCAGGCAAGGAAUGGAGCAAACGAAACUGGACAAGAGGUUGUGUGAGGGAAACCCCAUUGUCUUGUGGGAGACGCACAAAUACAUCAGUCUCGUCAAUGGGGAAGAAAGAUGGGUUUUGGAAGAUGGAGAACUCCAAAAUACCUGAUUUUCAUGAAUAUCUGACAUCUUUAUCUAACGAUGUGAAUGAGGACUGUAAGACACAGUGCUUGAGUAAUUGUUCUUGUCUGGCUUAUGCGUAUGUCUUCAAUAUAGGGUGUUUGGUAUGGUCCAAAGACCUCAUUGAUAUACAGGAGUUUAGCUCUGGCGGUGAAGAUAUUUUUAUUCGGCUAGCACUUCCAGAUUCAGGUUAUGAAAAGCGGACAAAACUAAUUGUCAGCCUCACAGCUAUUUUUGUCAUUAGUAUUCUGGGUUUCAUAGUGUUCGGUUUGCACAGGUUCUCAGCUAGAAAGAAGGGAAACAUAAUGGUAAGAGAGCACUUUGAGUCAAUUGAUACGACUGAGACUUCAAGAGACACUCUUCUAGAAUGUAUAAGAGAGCACGAUCGGGCAGAGCAAUUCAUGUAUAAUUAUGAUAGCAUCUUAAUUGCAACAAACAAUUUCAGCUCCACAAACAAACUCGGCGAAGGAGGAUUUGGCCCUGUUUAUAAGGGUAAGCUACAAGAAGGGAAGGAAAUAGCAGUAAAAAGACUAUCUCGUAGCUCAGGACAAGGAGUAGAAGAGUUCAAGAAUGAGAUGUUGUUGAUCUCCAAACUUCAACAUAAAAAUCUUGUUAAGAUCAUGGGCUGCUGUGUCACAGAGGAUGAAAAGUUACUGAUUUAUGAAUUCAUGGAAAACAAAAGCUUGGAUACCCUUCUGUUUGAUCUGUCAAGAAGAGCAGAGCUUGAUUGGGCCAGACGCUUCAAUAUUAUUCAGGGUGUUGCUAGAGGACUUCUUUAUCUUCAUCAUGAUUCUUGUUUGAAGGUAAUACAUAGAGAUUUGAAGGUCAGCAAUAUUCUCUUGGAUGAAAAAAUGAAUCCAAAAAUUUCAGAUUUUGGAUUGGCACGAAUUGUUCAAGGGACACAAGAUCUAGAAAAUACUCAGAAGGUUGUGGGAACACGUGGCUACAUGUCUCCGGAAUAUGCCAUGGGAGGGAUAUUUUCUGAAAAAUCUGAUGUCUAUAGUUUCGGAGUCUUGGUAUUGGAGAUUAUUAGCGGUAGGAAGAAUAACAGCUUCUAUUACAAUGACCAACUGCCCAGCCUCCUAGCUUAUGUAUGGCACUUGUGGAGUGAAGGCAGGGGAUUAAAGUUAGUAGAUGAAGUAUUGGCUGAUUUAUAUUCGUCAACAGAAGUAAUGAGAUGUCUGCAGAUUGGGCUUCUUUGUGUACAAGACAAUGCUGUGGAUAGGCCAAGCAUGUCGGAAGUAGUUCUCAUGCUAAGUAGUAACACAGACAGUCCACAACCUAUGAAGCCUAUAUUCACUUUCCACAACGCAGUCUCUCCUUCUCAACCACAGUAUGUGAAAAGUACUUGUUCAGGAAAUGAAGCUACCAUAACGAUAAUCGAAGGGCGAUAGAUAAUAACAAAUUGUUGCAUAUCAAAUAGCUAUCCUGCCUACACAAUUCCAUAGCAGACAGACUUUAUUUGUAGCUUCAUGCCAUGCUUACCAUCAUCCAUAUGGUGGCUACAUGUAAAAAAUAUCCAUUCAGAUUCUGUAGAUUAAACUGCUUUUCAGGUCAAUCAUUAUUCAAUGUUGUAUUCAAUUUAUAUUUUUGGAAAACAAGGAGUUGAAGUUUUGGUAUUCUUUAUGAAAUGGUUGGGAGUUGAGUAUGCAAUUGAACAGAUUUGAUCUGAU